AGAUAGCAGCUGAAAGCUCUGAACAUCUCCGAGGAAGACGAGGUACAAUGUUCAGAGCUUUCAGCUGCUAUCUGUGGAAAUACACUCUACCUCGCUGGAGGUAUAACUGCUUCUUCAAGUUUAAAGGGUUUAAACAGUCCAUUCAAGUCAGUCUUCACCUGCUCUCUUCCCGAGCUUCUUACAUCAAACACACGUGGAUCCAGAUUACGACAGCCACCACGCGAUAAUGUAUGAAAGGAGACAUGCUUGCCUAGGGACUUGUUUUGUUUGUGAAUGUAUAUAC